AUGCAAAAAGUCAGUUGGGAUGACCUUCACACUACCGGUAACACCCUGAUCUCGCCAGCUUAUAAGAGCAAUGGUCAUGUUUUCACUUCAGGAUCCACCGGCAAAGACUCUAAUGGGCAAUUUCCGUCGGAUCCAAAGGCACAAACACAUCUAGCUAUAAAGCACCUGGAAAAAGUUCUCCAAGCAUCUGGAUCCUCACUUGAAAAAGUGUUGAAGGUUCUUCUUUUCAUUGCAGACCCAAAAGACGCAGCUGCUAUUAAUAGUGUCUACAAGCUUUACUUUCCAAAUAAACCAGCUAGAUCUUGCGUCGUUGUGAAAUUUCCAAAUUCCGACAUUAAAGUCGAGAUGGAGUGUGUUGCAGAGUACGAGUCAUAUCAGGGCAGAAUGAUUAAGCUGUGA